CUGCUCAUCCUAUCAUUUACCCCAAAACAUUUCCUCGCAUCAAUCUUUAUUCCGAGCCGUCCGAUCAAAAUGGCCACGAAACGAGUCGCCCUCUGUAAGAUUUCUCCUCCGCUUCUUCUACUCUCACUUCUGCUUCUACCCUCACCUCUACCAGUGGAAGCAGUCCGAGUCGGGCAAUGGCGAACCCUGUUAUCUCUCUCUCAUUCGCUCAUGCAGCGAGUGGCAAACGCUCGUGCUUCGCGAGGGGAUUUAUCGGGGGCGGACAGAGCGAGGAAGAUUGCCGAGAAGCUCGAAGGAGGGUUCGGGUUUUGGAGAGGGGUUUGGUCGAUGGGGUGGGAUUACGUGAGGAAUUACGCGUGGCAGGAUAUCGUAUCGGAUUGGCCGCCCACCGAAAUGCUUGGUGCCGUUUCGGAUAUGAACGAGCUUUUGAGGGCUCUGAGCGAGUUGACUCGGAUGGAAUCAGACAGGGAUCGUGGGAGUUGGGUGCUGCGGAAUUACCAGAGGGUUUUGGGGAUUUCGAAAUCGCUCUUGAGAAGGUUCCUCGUCGUGUUCUCCCGAUCUGGCGCGGACUACCUGUAUUCUGGAUGGUUAGGAUUUUGCGGUUCCAAGGUGAAGGCGAGGCAACCUACCUGAUGGACGGGGUGGAUCCCAUGAAAGUUCCACCCACCUGGCUCUCCAUGUGCGAGGUACGCGAGCACAGUUCUAAAGUAGUAUGUGGACUCACUUUGGAAUUGGUUGAAGGGAUGGGUACUGUCAACGGGCCGGUCCAAGGUCUGUUCAAAUCAGGCCCGCAAAGUAAAACCCUAGUCCUGAACUCGGCCCAUGAUUAUGCGUGGCCUGGGCCCGAGUCCAAUCAAUUAAUUGGCUAAUAUUUUAUGCCCAGGCCUGACCCUUGGGCCUAGUAUGCCUAGCCCGCAGUGGGCCAAGCCAAAAGCCUGUGGGCCAGCUAGCCCAUUGAUGGCCUUGUGGAUGGGCCCUCCGGUUUAUAUCAGACACAUGCUCCAUGCAGAAUAUGGUAGAGCUUUAUCUCCACAGUACACGUGAAUUAUGUAUCAAUUGUCUGUCCAUCUAGUGGGUCCAUUAGGGAUGGCUAUUGUUUCAAAUCAUGCCCACAAGACAGUGGUAUCCAUCAGUUUUCUACAAUUCCCUUCAAUUGUUUGACCAUUAACUAUUUUUGUUUUAUAAUGUUUAUUUGAGUGCCA